AUGGAGAGCAAAGACAAAGACAGCCUUAUCCCAAUUAUUAAGAUUUUCCCGACCGACACCUCUGAUGACUUUGCUCAAUUCCACCGCCCGUAUACUACAUUCACCUUUGGCCAAGUUGGGAUAGCCGCUGCUGGGGUGGCCAUGGUCCCCAUUGGGUGGUUGCUUGGGCUGUACAUGCAGAGUCUACAUUGUUAUGCUGACGUUUGUCACGAUAUUGGCGAUUCAGACAUCAUUCGGACCUUUCAAGUCAAUUUUUCCGUCUUCUACAUCUGGAUCUUGCUGACGAUAAUGGCUUACCUUGCUGCUAAGAAGCACGACUCGUGGCGAAAAUGUUUAUCGAAGCCUUGUGAUAUGGGGGGCUUUGCUCCUGGCUUUACCAAAGGAGAAAUGCUUUUCUUUCUCUCGGCCGGUGCAAUGAUGCUCUUUAAUGUGGGGUACUGGUCAGCAACUUAUAGAUACUCAGUCUUUAGCAACAAAGACGGAGCAUACCACUGGCUGACGGAUACCCCAAAACGCAUCCCAGGGUACUUUGUAGCCCUUGUGACUGGGAGGAUGCUCGACCUCGGCCUUGGAAUGCUGCUGAUUCCAGUGGCCCGAAACUCCUUCCUGCAAAUCUUUUUUGGCAUAUCUUUUCAGCAUGCAUUGCGCUUUCACAGAUGGAUGGGAUACUUUGUAUUCAUCACAACGACUGUUCACCUCAUAUUCUAUGUCUGGUCAGCGGCGGCUGAUCCCACCUCGACUGUUUGGAAUCACAUGUUCAACAUCCCCGGCGGGAGCAAGAACCGAGAUACGGCAAUGGCUCUGAGGUGGGGAAAGGGAAACUGGGGAAUACCUUUCGGCAACGCCUCCUACCUGUUUUUGAUUCCCGUCAUCCUGACAUCCCUUUCCUACGUCCGACGAAAGCACUUCAAUCUAUUUUACUUCACACACUUUGUCGUUUUUGUCAGCUUGUUUUUCGCGUACCUUCAUGCACCUUCGGCCUUCUAUUACACGAUCACUGGGCUCGGAAUGUAUAUGAUCGACCUGAUGUUCAGAUGGAAGGCAUCCACCUCCUCCCACAUUAUCCGUAAUGUCGUAAGAGAGGAUAUAGGAUACUUGCGGUUUGAUGUUGAGAUGAAUGAUCUCGCAUUGAGGAGCGUACCAGGCCAAUUCAUGUUUAUCAAUUUUCCGGAGAUUUCUCGGAGAGAGUGGCAUCCUUUCAGUCUAGCGUCAAUACUAAGCGAUUCAUGCUCCACUGCGACAUUCAUCUUCAUGCCUUCAGAGAAACAAAACGAAUGGACCGCUAAGCUUGCCGCUCAUCUCAUCUCCCGUUCCGCCCAGAUUGAAGCUGGGCGCUUCCGUAUCAAUCUCGACGGACCUUUCGGAUCCAGUGGAUUUGACCCAGCAUCUAUGGACGUUGUGCUCAUAUUGGUUGGAGGAACUGGUUUGUCACCCGGUGUCGCAGUUGCGUUAGCAGCACUCCAAGCGGGGAGCUGUGCCAGGCUUGUGAGGAUUGUGUGGUCAGUGGGUGGCGCCGGCUCUUCAACAAUGUCGGUCCUCCGAGGUAUGGAAGCAUUUAUGUCAGAAGAAUUCAUUUUCGCAUCAUUUUGA